AUGCUCUCCCGGAAGGUGACCGCUGCGGCCCCAGCCAGGCUCUCAACGUGGCGGGUUUCAGCGCCGUCGUGCCGCGCUGCGCCGCGGCCGCGCCGCCAGCCGGUUCUUGUUGCCGCCCUCCACGGCCACAAGAGGGAUGAAGAGGAGGGGGUGGCGAGCCAGGAGACGUUCUUUCUCGUCACCAACCUGCUGAUGGCCGCCAUCAUCAUAGGCUCCGGUGCCCGCUUCUAUGUCACUGCACUUGAAGUGCGGGGGGACCUCAAGGAGCUGCGCGCCAAUUUUGACCGCCUCGGCGCCAAGAUCGACAAAAACUUUGACCGCCUCGGCGCCAUUUUUGACAGCCUCGGCGCCAAGAUCGACGAAAAGUUUGACGCACUGAUGCAGCAAGAGCAGCAAGCAGCUGCUCGGCGGCGUGACGCCGCCAGAGAAUGA